GUUGGACUGCACACUCUGCUACACCGCAACACCCACUUUCAACGCUACCUCUUACAUCGCUUGAUCGUCUUCCUGGAACCGUCGACGCACAAUGGGCGACCUCGUAGACUCGAUGCUCGACCUGAUGCGGCGGCUUCCACCGACCCAUGUUGAGGAGAACGUUGCCUCGCUUGUCGCGAUGUGCCCCGACUAUGCGGACGACCUCCUGGGCAGCGUGGACCAGCCCUUGAGGGUGAUGACGGAUCGCGCGACGGGCAGGGACUACCUCACGUGCGAUUAUAACAGAGACGGGGAGAGCUAUCGGAGUCCGUGGUCGAACGAGUACGACCCUCCGCUGGAAGAUGGGACCGUCCCCUCCCCAAAGCUGCGCAAGUUGGAGAUCACCGCGAACGAGGCGUUCGAUACAUACCGCGAGAUGUACUAUGAGGGCGGUGUAUCCUCUGUCUUCCUCUGGGAUCUCGACGACGGCGGUUUCGCGGGUGUCGUCUUGCUGAAGAAAGUACUCAACGCGUCAUCACCAAGCGAGCCUUCCGGCUCAUGGGACUCCAUCCACGUAUUCGAGGCCGCCGAACGCGGGCGACAAGCGCACUACAAGCUCACCUCCACCAUCAUGCUGCAGAUGACGAACCGUGCAGUGACCGCUCCUGCCGGGAAAGAUGAGAAGAGCAAGGAGAGCGGGCCGGGAGAUGCGAACAGGGAAGGCGAGGUAGUGCUGAGCGGGAGCAUGACGAGACAGAGCGAACAAGACCACCCUUUGCAAGAUCAGUCGUCGCACAUCUCGAACACAGGGCGGAUGAUCGAAGAGAUGGAGAUCAAGAUGAGGAACCUCCUUCAAGAGGUGUAUUUCGGUAAAACACGAGACAUCGUGUUCGACCUUCGCAGCAUAGAUGAUCUGGAGAAGGCACGGCGGCAGCGUGAGCUGCAGAAGGAGCUCGUCGGCUUUAUCAAACGGUAAUAGUGCUGAUAUCGGGACGCGAUCAAUGUGAUGUACUGGAAGAAGUGCUAUCGAAUGUAUUCUUGACUACGAGAGCGGCGCUGGGUGCUGUGUGUCAUCAAACCCGAUUCCAGCCUCACUCUAUUUUGAAGCUGCGGCUUUUGUGUGACAAAUCACACAAAAGCCGCAGCUUCUAAAUAGAGUGAGUUGCAUACAUAUUGUGAUCUUCACAGUUUCAUGGCUUCUGACCUUGG